AUGACUACAAAUGUGUUUAAAGAUAAAGAAGUGUAUGCAGACUACAUUCUAGUUGUCCAAACUAAAGCCUUUCGUUCAUUAACAACAGCUGAAGAACGUCAACAACAAAAAAUUAAACUUGAAAGCACUUUGAAACUACUUAAAAAUAAUCUCGAAAGAGCUGGUCUAGAGAAAAAAGAUAUUCUUGCUGCUGUUACUGAUCAUCAUAAAGAUAGAAUCGAUGUUUCUUUGAGUGAUGCUAAAAGAUUAAGACUUGUACAUGAUAUUAUUACCAGUUAUGAUGAUGAAUGCGCUGGCAUCAACCCAAAAUUAGAUGGAAAUGGAAUUUGUGCUCAUUCCCCUUUCAGAGAUGUCUCCAACUCCAAACAUUUUUUGCUCUCCUAA